CGCGCACCCGAAGACUUUUGAUCACCUAAUUUCCCCCAUCAUGUGGACGCUCCGCCACUCCCUGCGUCGCUCCGUGGGCAUGGCGCUGCCCCAUCGUCGCGCACUGACCGCCGCCGCCAUCUCGCAGGGCAAAGUGCCCAUCAACAACCUCUACGUGACCUCCACGGAGGUGACAAAGAAGACGGCGCCUGUGCUCAUCGGUCUGGCCCAUGUUUUGGAGCAAAAGUUUACCAAAGUGGGCUAUUUCCGCCCCAUUCAGCCCAGUCCGGACUCGAGCAUGGCCGACCACCACGUCGACGUCAUGAAGCACCAACUGGAGCUCUCCAAAGACGUCGAGGAGCUCUACGGAGUCACCAGUUCCCGUGCCAUGGAGGCCAUGCUCACUGGCAAGGGAGACGACAUCGUGGAGGAAAUCCUGGAGCGAUACGAAGAAUGUCGCAAGGGCCACGACUUUAUGAUCAUCGAAGGCUCGCAAGUCUCCAAACACGAGAGUGCCAUGAGCUGGAAAAUCAACGUGGACAUUGCCAAAGCCAUUGGCUCCCCGGUCCUCAUGGUCACGGAUUUCGGAGACACAUCCGCCUCGAGCAACGCGCUUCUAGAGGAAAUGGUCUCGCGUACUGUCAUGGGCAGAGACCAAGCAGAAGCUGCGGGACUCAACUACCUUGGCACAAUUGCCAACCGCGUUCGAGCCAAAGACGUGGCAACUCUACGCGAAGACCUAAAACUGAAAAUGGGUAAGAAAGAGAUCCCAUUUUUGGGCUUUUUGCCAAUGGAUGAAAUUAUUGCAUCCAAGCGACUGAAUGAAGUGACACACCAGUUGGGUGCAAAGCAACUUUUCGGCAACUCAAUUGCAAAUGACGCGGUCGUAACUUCCGCCGUCGUGGCGGCCAGUGCACUGAAAGAUCUGUUCGCCCACUUGAAGAAAUACAAAGAUGGGGCUAUGAUCAUCACGUCUGGAGAUCGCUCCGACCUCAUGUUGGGCUUGAUGGUUUCUCGCUUGCCAGGGGUGUUGCCGAACAUCUCGGCUAUCGUGCUGACGAACGGUAACUACCCACACAGCAACACGCAAGAGAUUCUCAAAGGCGUGGAGGCACUGGACAAGACUGGUCUCUCUCUUCCGAUCUUCUCAACCCCAAACGACACCAACUCCACUGCUGAUGGAUUUGCCAAAGUGUCAACCUACAUUUUACCUUCAAGCAAGUUGAAAAUCGACCGCUCCAAGCAACUUUUCGACGAAUUUGUCGAGAAAGAAAUGCUGAUCGGUGAACUGGACGAAGGAAUGGUGGUCAGCCGCUCUCCGAAGCAGUUCCAGCACUUUUUGUUCAGCAAGUCGCGAGCUGUCCAGCGUCAUAUUGUACUGACGGAAGGAGAGGACAUUCGCGUGCUCCAAGCGGCCGAUCAGAUUCUACGCCAGAACUUGUCGAGGAUCACGAUUCUCGGAGACCCGGACGAGAUCACUGUGAACGCCAAGAUGGCCAAUCUCGACUUGUCACGCGCCAAUAUCAUCCGUCCAGUAGACAGUCACUUGCUGGACAAGUACGUCGACUAUUUCUAUGCCAAACGGAAGCACAAAGGUGUCACGAGAGAGCUGGCUCGCGACUACUGCAAGGACGAGACGUACUUCGGUACACUUAUGGUGGAACUCGGUGAUGCCGACGGGAUGGUCUCCGGUGCGUGCCACACCACAGCCAACACGAUUCGUCCUGCUCUGCAGCUCAUCAAGACGACGCCGAACCGACCGAUUGUGUCCAGUAUCUUCUUCAUGUGUCUCAAGGACGGCGUGCGCAUCUACGGAGACUGCGCUGUGAACACGGACCCGAGUGCGCAGGACUUGGCGCAGAUCGCGGUGACGAGUGCAGAGAGCGCAGAAGCGUUCGGACUCAUCCCGAAGGUGGCGCUGCUGUCGUACGCCACAGGCGACUCGAACUCGGGUCCGAUCAUCGACAAGGUGCGCGAGGCGACCAAGAUGGCGCAGGAGUUGCGUCCGGACUUGGACAUCUACGGCCCGAUCCAGUACGACGCUGCGGUGGACGAGUCGAUCGCCAAGACCAAGUUGAAGGCGAUCCCCAGUGGCGCCAAGGUUGGCGGCCAGGCCAAUGUGCUGAUCUUCCCGGACUUGAACACGGGCAACAACACGUACAAGGCUGUGCAGCAGAGUACUGGCUGCAUCGCGAUGGGUCCGAUGCUGCAAGGUCUGCGGAAACCAGUGAACGACUUGAGUCGAGGCGCCACGGUGAAGGACAUUGUCACGACGGUGGCGAUCACGGCUAUUCAGGCGGACCAGGUGAUCUUGAAACGAGAAGCAGAGAACUCCAAGAACCAAAAUGGGGAAUUUCUUGAGAGUGCAACAAUGUGA